GAGUAUAAUUUAUAGAAACGUAUUUCAUAUUUUACAUAAGCUCUAUAAAUUUUUUAUGUAUAUAUAUAUUAUAUACAUAUUAAAUUAAAUAAUAAAUUAUAAUUUUAAAAAAAUAUAAUUAACUAUUGAUUAUAAAUAAUUGUUUAUUUAACAAAUAUUAAACAUUCUAAUUAAUAUUAAUUUCUGAACUAUAGAGGGUGUAAAAGAGUGUUUUAAUAAAGCAUUAUAAAAUUCCCCUUCUUAAGGGAUACUAUGGAUGAAAACGCCUAUACGUAGAAACGUAUGGCUUCUAAGUAUAGUUAGUAUAUUGUGUAUGAAGGUUAGGAGCAGUUAAGCAACCAAACGUGGGUUAGGUGAAAAUAACAGCUCCUGUCACAAUGUAGUGUAUAAUAAUGUUGUUGUGAUAUUAUAAUAAUAAACGUAUAUCUAUAUACGCAUAUAUACAACAUCCGUGUGAUCCACGACGGAAUACAUGGAUGUUGCGAACGGACAAAAGUCCCUCAGUGGGCAAUCUUCUGCCACUGGAAGUUCAGGAAUGGAUAAAGGAAAAGAAUGGCAGAUGGAAUUGCUUAUGGAAAAAUUACGUUCCAAAGCUUCUACAUAUAAAUCCUUGGUGGAGACUGCCAAAAAUCUACGAAUGGCUAUGUUGGAUAAAAGGUUUGCAAUUGAUAGUGCUGAAAAGAGUCAACUUCAAAAAUGUUUGGAUACUUUGCAACAUUCCAUAAAAGUAACUUCUUUACAAUCCAUGGUGGAACGUUUAGAGAGUUUAACCAGACAAUUAGGCUUAAAGUUUAUGAUGUCUGGUCCACCAGGUACAGAAUUGUUUAUUUCCUCGGAUAUGUUUUUUUUGGAGGUUCUUUUGGAACCAACAGGUGUAGUUAAAGAUGUUAAAAUUCAUCAUGAAGGAAAAAAUGAACAGCAGAGCUGUGAUGUAUUGGUGUCUUGUUUAUCGCGAGGAGAUUUUCUUGAUUUUACAGUACAAUUAGAAGGUUUAGCUUCAAUAUAUCAAUUAAAUGCUGAUAAAAAGGUAAAAUGUAAAGCAUUUAGUGCUUUACAAUCGCUAGAGUCUGACUUGGGUAUUUUAGCACAAUUGCAAACAUUUAUAAAAGAACCAUUUAAUCUCGUUCAUAAAAGUCCAGUUGGAAUUCUUGAACGAAGAAGAGGAGGUCAUGCGAUGAAGUUAACAUAUUUUGUUUCUCCUUUUGAUUUAAUAGAUCAGGAGAAUCGUACCUGUGAUGCAUUGAGUUCAGAAAUAGUUAUCAAACGGAAGAUCGGUCAUUCCGUUACAGUUUGUAUGGAAGGUUCGACUGCUCACAAGUUGCCUACUUCUAGUAUCAUAACUGUAAAUAGAAGUCCUACAGGAAAAAGUACCCCAUCUUAUGCUCCAUUAACUGGUACAAAUUCGUCGGUAUUACCUGCUUGUUUUGUUUUAAAACUCGCUAAAAAAAUGCCGAUGUGCAUGGAACUAGUACGUAGGAUACAGAAAGUAACGGAAUUGGAAUGUGGAGAUAUAUCUGCUCCCCAUCCGUUACUUAGUUUAAUUAUUCAGCAUGCUAGCGAAGGACAACUGGAUUGCCGCAAUAAUAGAGGACUUUAUGUUACUUUACCGGAUCAACAGCAUUGUUAUUUCAUGACGGAGAAUAAAAAUAUGGAGGGUGUGUUAGUUUGUAGCAUUCCUUUCACUCAUCCGGCGCACGUUCCACAAAUCUUGGUAUAUUUGCGUCAGCAAGCGCUUUUUAAUACUUUAAUUGCUAGUUGCGUUAGACCUAUGGCUCGACAAGAUCCAGAACAUGCAACUAUAUUUGAAGUAAACGCUUUAUCGUGGCAACAUAUAUCGGUAAGUUUGGAGCAUCCUUUCGAAGAGACUAUGGCAACAGCGGAGCUGGAUUUGACGGAUAUUUCCGCAUUGAAAUGCAAGUUAUAUGGCAUAAGUAUAACAAAUACAGAACAGACAUCAGAUUUGACUGGAAAAGUAUUACAAAAGUGUUUAAGUAUACCUUUGACAAUGAGAAUUCUUAUGAAAUCAUGGGAGAGUCGCGACUCUUUAAGUACGAUGAACAAUUUAAAUAGUGGAAACGGAAACUAUAAUGUAAAUCUUGGUUCUGGCAAAGAUCAGAAUAGUCAAAAUGGUUCUGGAAUGCCUGAUUUUACUAAUGGAGAAACAAAAAUCAAACAAGAACCAGGUUUGAAUAAUGGAAAUGGAACAAUGGGAAGACAACAGUCAUCGCAACAACAGCAACAGCAACAACAACCACAACAGCAGCCUUUUUUAGAUGCCGGAACGGAGAAUAGUAUCGGUUUUCCGUCUUAUUCCGGCCAAUCCGAUACCACGACUACUGCUAUGUUAAAUCCAUUACAAUUAGGAGCUCUGCUUGGACAGGCAAAAAGCUCUAUGUCUAAUUCAGUGAAUGAGCGCACAAAAAAGACACGUAAAAGAAAAACUGCGGAUGGUAUUUGGCGAAGUCCUAAAAGAAAGGGAGACGAGAGUACUGAAAUAUUAUUGGAGAGUUCUAGUUCCGAUUCGACACCUCUUGGUACACCAACCGGUGGCAGAGAAAAUUUAAAUGAGACCAGAACAUCUACGCCAACCUCAGCUACGAGUUUAACUAGUGGUUUGGAUUUUUCUAAUUUGGAUCCAACCGAUAUUUUGGGAACAGAUAAAAGUUCAGAUUAUGAUAUCGACAACGAGAGUGAGAUAACAGAAGUUCAUGAUUUACAAGAUGUUGAAGAAUUAAUUAAACGUGAUCGCAAAUCGAGGAAAAGAGAGGAGAAAAAGAGCCCAAUUAUAUUUGAAGAAAACAAGAAUUUAGUACCACCAUCAGUAAGUAUAACGCCAAUUUCAAGCAGUAGUUUGGGUCAAACUACGAACUAUAACUCUGUACUUACGGGGAUGGGUUUGGAAAGGAGGCCAGGUAUUGAAAUAAUACCAAUAGCACCACAGACUACUUUACCGAGUUCUAUUACUAUAACACCGAUACCCGCACCAUCGCAGUCGAAAAGUUUGACGGAUGAACGUAGAGAACGAAAAAGUUCAAAGGGAAAGUCGACAGAGGAUAAGGGAAAAUUGGAGAAAAGACGUAAACGCAAAAGAGAGGAUAGUCCUAUGGGACCACCGCCUGACAAAAUACCAUCUAAACAGGAUCCCUUAUCGAAACCAGUAUCGGUGAGCAUUAAACCAACUGAAUCGCCGCCAAAUAUGAGCUCAAGGCCAUCCUCACCAGCAACGACAUUACGAAAAUUUAGUCCAUCUCCGACGCAUACCAGUCCACUCGUUCUCGUAGGUAAGUCCAGUCCUACAUUGAAACAGUCAACAAACAAGCCAGUGCAAAGUCCAAAGCACUCUCCGGUCUAUAGCAGUAGUCCCAAACAUACGCCAGUACCUGCGAGUGUGAGCCCGAAGCAUGGCACUUCGUCGCCGAAGCAUGGAAGUUCGGCAAGCACUGGUAAACCGAGCAUGUCUGCGUUGAAAUCCGCAGCAAAUUCACCUUCCAGUAAAACGGCCGAUUCUGGACAAUCAAAGAUAAAAUCUUCUUCCUCAUCAUCGAGCAAAGACUCCAAUCGAGAGAAGGAGAGAAAGACAUCGUCUUUAGCCUUUGGUGGAUCGAGCGGGCAUCAAAGUCCAAAAACUAAGUCCUCUAGUGGUAAGUUAAAACAACUGGAAUUAAUUCCUAGCGGAGAAACGCAAUCCACAAUGCCGAGCAGCGGUGGUAGCACACCGCCAUCUGGCAAUUCGGAACUCGGCAAGUCUGCAAUCGCUCAACAACAGGCGAGAAACAGAAAGGGUUCGUUAAGCGCUGUGAUUGAUAAAUUGAAGAAUGCUCAGCAUUGCACGGAUGAUGGUAGCAAUGGCGGGGCAAAAUCAACAACUGGAAGUGGUAAUUCGAGUGGUCAGAAAGAGAGAAGUGUUGGAAGUUCCUCGAACAAAACCGCAGAGGGAAAAUGUAUUAAUAAAAAUUCAUCUAUGGAUACUAAAAAUCCUGCAGAAUACAUGGUAAAACAUAGUUCUGAUGGGAUGAAAAUAACGAUUAACAAAACUCGCACAAAAGAUUCGAAAUCUGGUACAAAUCUCAAAUUGUCUUCGUCCUCGGCGUCUGUCGCAACUGGAACAUCUUCGAGUUCAUCGACUUCAUCUACAAAUAUAUCGGGUAAUAGUUCGCCUAAAACGCACACCGGUUUGAAGCCAGGAGUAAGUUCUGGUCCAGCGUCAAAAAAACCUCCGACUCAGACAUCUCCAAAAUUAUCUGGAUCCUCUUCCUCCAGUUCUGGCAGCAGUGGUAACAAAACAACUCUCUUAGGACAAAAGAUGUUAUCUGCUUUGAAAUCUAUCUCAGGUUCGAAUUCCGGAAGUGGUAACGGAACCGGAGGAAUCAAUGUUGGUAGUAGCGGUAGCAGCGGAUUACUUUCUAAAAAUGUCAUGUCCUCCAAAUCCUCGAGUUCUCCGAAGACAACGAGUUCUGGCGUAACGGAUCUCAGUCGAAAUCGCGAUAAAUCUCGAUUGUCGAAGUCCAGUGACAAAAGUAUAUUUCCUUCAAAGGGAAUUGGAGAUAGAAAAUCGAGUCCAUCAGGAUUGCGAGAAGAAAGCGAGAGCGAAAGAGCGUUUAAACUAUUGGCUGCUCACGCUUCCAUGUCGAAUUUAUCAAAUUUACCUAAUUUACCACCACAAUUAGUUGUCGAAGGUCUUAUGAAGCAAUUGGAUACUAAAUUUCAAAUACCCAAAUUGUCCGCUAGAGCUAAUGCAGAUUCUACCGACAAAAAAUCAGAGAAGCUAUCGAUGCUUUCCGAUAGUGGAAAAACAUUGGACAAUCUCGCGUCGAAGCAGACGUCGGAACAAGGAAAAAUGCAAACAUUAUCGAAUACGUCGAGUACAACUUCGAAAUCAUCAUCGGAUGAUCAAUCGAGCCAGGGUAGAAGAGAUCAUGUACAAACGAAGCCUGACAAUCUUUCCAUGACAAGUGCAACCUCGAUAAUUAAUCUUCGUACGGAUAAUACCAGUAAUAUUUUGCUUCCUGCUUUAUCGAGUAGCAGCACACACGAUCUCGACAUCCCUACAAAUCUCUCGAUGCAACCAACUGAGAACGAGUCUCGCGAGAAGGAAUCGUCACUGAAUAGGAGUAACACGCAAUUUCAGAGUAGCAGCUUAAAUUCCACAGGUAUUGGUAAAGAUGAUACUAGUGCCAGUGGUCCUGUAAUGGCCGUUCUACCAAAAGAAUCUGAAGCUCAGUCUACCAAUAAAUCCGUGUAUCCUACGAUGAUGACAACAGGCACCUUAACUAGCGGAAAUGGAACGACGAGUACGAACACUGGUAACGGAGGUACGGAGAGUUUGAAUUUGAGCAUUAAACCAGUGGAUGCCACGAUGACAAAGUACAAAUCCGACGAGAAGAAGCAACAACAACCGCAGCAACAACAACAAUCUCAACCGCCUCAGCAACAACAACAACCUCAACAACAAUCAUCACAGUCUCAGCAACAGUCACAGCAGCAGCAAUCGCAAUCGCAGCAAGUUCCGUCUUCCGGAGGAUCUUCCUCUUCGUCCUCGUUGGGAACAACGGUGUCCUCGGAGAAUUCGUCAAGCGCAAUGAAAGCGACAAGCACAGAGAUACUGGCGUCGACGUCCCAAGAGGCCGCUGAGAUGCUAUUGGAUUUUUCCACGCCGAAAGAUGUGGCCAAGAGUCUGAAUUUCACCAGCAUACCCGAGAGAGCGAUGACCCAGGCAGCCUCAGUGCGCAGGAAUACACCUCCACCUCCACCGCCCGCCUUCCCAGCGAGUCCAUCCGUGAGUGUGCACAUCGUGAAAAGUCCUGCACCCUCGCCGAGGGUUAUCCCGCCCUCGCCUCACUCCGCCUCGCCGUGCAUCACCGACGACGAGCUGAUGGACGAGGCGCUGGUGGGUAUGGGCAAAUGAAGGUUACUGAAACUCUAGAUUUAAAUUUUAGCCGCGACUGGGACAGGGUGUCCUGAAAGGCUGGCUGACUAGCUGCUGUUGAAUUAGCCUGGCCUACGCUCUGCUGUGCUCCACGUUUCUACCGUUGUUUCUCAAACUUUUAUCGUGGUGCACAGCCUGGAAUUGUCCUCGAGUUCACUAAACAUUGGGAGAAGGAAUGAUUUAUAGGAAAUUUAAAAUUAAAUGGUUUAUGGUUUCAUUAUAGUUUCUAUGUGAUUGAUCUCGAUCGAUAAGGAUUUAAAAAAUGGAAAUUUGGUUUUACAUUAAAGCAAAAAUGAAAGGAAGGAGUGAUGGCAGUGAGAUUGCUAGUUUUUUUUACUAAAUUUUUUAUUUUUCAUAUGGAUUUGUACUUAUUUAUAUAAAUAAAUAUUUAUGUAAGUAUUUAUGUAAAUUUAAAGAAUUGUAUUCAAAAUUACUAUAAAGUAACAUCAUUUGAUAUUGAUUAUUAUCGUUAAAAUAAUUAUUUUAACGAUAUAUCAUCUUAAUUUGAAGUUAUAUGAAUCAUUGUAAUUAAUUUAUUUACGACAAAAGAUUAGGGAUUUUCUUGCUUGACUCGUGAAUAAUUUAAAUUGUUCUAUAAUGAUAAAUAUAUAAGAAUACAUAUUUUCUUUGAUGCACUAUUUAAAAAAUAUUUUUAUAAAUAAUUCAUAAUAUAAAAUAUGUAUUUCAAUUAUGAACAAUUGUAUCUAAAACUAGCAAUUUUUUACUGAAAAUUUUCGAAUUUUAAGAAAAUUUGUAUUUUGGAAACAUCUUGCAAGUUUUAUGUAUUCUUUUUGCAUGUUUUAUGUAUGUUGAACAAUUCUUGAGGGGGACACUCUGUAUGUUAUUGAGAUUUUUCACUUCUCCUAAAAUAUCCUGCCGAAUACAAGUGUGGUUUUUGUUCUCGUGGUUUAUGCAAAUCUUCAAUAAAUUCAAUUUUCUUAUGUAUACAUAAGAACAUAUACAUUAAAGAGAAAGAAAUACAAAAAAAAAAAAAGAAA